AUGUCAUUCAAUCAUUCCCCACCUUCAACACCAGCGCCAAUCUCAAUCUCAAUCCCGCCUGCAGUCUCAGUGGAAGCUCAACUUCGAGGGAGGGAUAUCCGACGCUUGGUUAGAACCACAUUCGACCAGGCUUGGAGAGAUUACUAUGCUUGGAAACCACCUGCGACACUUCCGAUCAUCAAUGGUGAGAUGAUGAGAGACGCUGAAAAGGUGGAAGAUGGGUUGGCAAGGAGGCAUCGUGAGCUUGGUGAGGAAUUGAGGAGGAUAACAGAGAAAGAUAGGAUGGGUUUUGAUGAUGAAGAUGGAGAUGGAAAGGAGAAAGGAAAAAGGAAAAGAGAAAAGGAAAGAUUCCUGGGAUCCCAGAAAUCGACGUUGAACUCGAAUUACACCACAACCUCGACCUCAAUGAUAUUCACGAGGCCAUCAUCGCCGUCAACAAGUAAAACUCAUUUUUCGAAAAACAACAAUGGUAAAUCAUCAAAGAGCGGUAAAAGCAUAGCAAAUACUAAUCCUAAUGCUUCCAAGAUAACUAUCAUAUCGAAACAUGUCGAACCGGUUCAAGGAAGUUACACGUACACUAUGCAAAGAGGUAGUGCCGAAACGAGUUUGAAGGAAUUGAUACAGGCCCCUACGACCAGAAUAAGAAAAGUUACGAAUCAAGAUGAAGAUGAAGAUGGACACGACAGAUAUAAAGUCGAGACUAUUCCGCCAUAUUACUUUUGCUCUUACGGCCAUCAAAACAUAUACGUAGAAGAUGAAGGUGCGAUGCCGUUCAUCCCUGUCUUUCGUGAUGAUCAGGAUUUCAAUGAGGAGAAAUGGUUUGAUCAGUUUGGGAGGAGGAUGGCGUGGGUUGGUGCUUGGAGGGAUCCAGAGGUCGAUAUAAUCCAAGUCGAGGCUCUCUCUCGUAUACGGACGAGAUCCAAGAACCUCAUUACAUCGGAGCAAAUCGAUCAAACUAGGAUCUUACCAUUGGAAGUCACCCGAAUUGAGAAUCUCGACCUAUCAAGAGAUUUACCUCCUUUCCCUCUCGAUCCUUCCGCGCCUUCUUCUUAUUCGUCCAAUUCGAUGAAUCCGAGAAAGAGGAAAUGGAACGAACCGUUAAAGGUGAAAGUAGAAAAUCAAGAUGGGAUAGACAUGGACGAUAUGGGCGAUUUGCUUUGUUCAAGACAAGGUUGCACAAUAUAUGGCUGUUUGAGACAUAGCAGUUUAGAAGAUAAUCAUCUGACGAUCCAUUCGAUCAGUUCGAAUCAACAUCCUCUACAUCUCAAAUACAUCCCCAGGAAAAGAGCGAUAUUACCAGAGAUUGAACAAGACCACAAACCAUGCUCGGAUCAAUGUUACAGUCUAUGCAGUCUAUCAGAGCUGCGCGAACAAGCUUCCAAGUGUCAGAUAUGGCCCGAGAUAGAAACCGAACCGAUAAUUGAGAUCAUGUCUAGCGAUUGUGAGAUCACGAGUGGGGAUCUGUGUAUGUUGAGUUUGAGAAGUAAUGGAUAUACUUGCAAAGAGGUGGCUAUCCAGAUCAUGGCUCUGGCAGCUCUUGAUUCAAUUUUACCUACUCCAUUAUCGAGCGAAUUUGACCAAGAUCCAGUCACCACUCGAAUAUCGACAAUCUCAAAUACGAGACAUCAACCACCACGCUUUGUCAGUGUCAAUCAAGCUCCGGCUCUUCAAGAAUGCAAUCAUCCUGGACCAUGUGUCUCGGAACUUUGUCCAUGUUUCACAGCAGGAUGGAUGUGCGGUAGAAAUUGCGGGUGCUCUUUUGAUUGCAAGAGACGUAACAAGGGAUGCAAUUGUCACAAGACAGUUCCCAGCAAUGGAAACAAGUCGACCAAAGGGGCUUGUACUACGAUCGAUACGUGUCCCUGUGCAAGGAGUGGUAGGGAGUGUGAUCCAGAAUUGUGUGGUCCAUGUGGGUCAGAGGAUGAGAUAUCGGCCGCUAGAUCAUAUUUGCAACAACAUCAUGGAGAUGGGAAGGGAAAGGAUGAUAUCCAAUCCGUAUCUAUGACCGAGAUCGAAAGGAAAACUUACUGUGGGAAUGUGAACCUACAAAAAGGGAUUUUCCCGAAAUUGCGAGUGGGUAUCAGUGAAGUUUCAGGAUAUGGUGUUAUUGCGGAUGAGCCUAUCUCGAAAGGACGUGUAAUAGGUGAAUAUAUCGGCGAGGUCAUAUCGAAAGCUGAAGGAGGCAGACGAGACUUGAAUGGCGAUUCAGAUAUCGAUGCAGGCUCUUACGGGAAUAUAACGAGGUUUAUAAACAGUGGUAAAGGUCAAUCUAAGAAUGUGACCGCUAAGACUAUGAUAAUCAAUGAUGAAGCUAGGAUCGCAUUUUUCGCUAUACGAAAUAUACGGAAAAAUGAGGAAAUUCGAUUUGAUUAUGGUGAUGAUUUCGACUCUAAUGGUAUAAGUAAGAAGAAGUAA